AUGGCUGCGAACUGUGAAUCCUCGGCCCCAGCUGCCUCUGGGGAACAUAAGGUCCUUGUUCAGCUGGAAGUAUGUCUGAAGCAUGCAAGUCGUACCUCAUCUCCUUGGUUCAUCUGGGGGGUUCUUUUGUUUCUGUGGGUGAGGAAUGAUGUGAACUCCACCCAUCAGCUCAGGGGACUUCCCCCACCUCUGACCUUUGGCUGUCCUUCCUGUGUGUCACCGUUAGUACUUCGAUGGCACUUCCUACAGCCUACCCAACUCGACAGUAACUGUGACCUCCUCUUAUUUUCCUACUCGAUUGUAAGCUCCCACAGGCAGGCACUCGCCUCAUUCGCCUUGUAUCUGAGCUCUUAG